AUGUCAGAUUUGCGUUCAUCAUUCAUGUUCGAUUAUCUAUCGAUGACUACCGCAAUCGUGCGCCGUGUUGUUCGAUCCUACCUCAAGUCACGUUCAGGGAGUCCACAGGACGUCGCAAAACUUACAAUGCAGGAAAAUGACUGGUUGAGCACAUGUCCGAUGUCAAGUAUCAUUCUCGACGAUGAUUUUUUACAACCGAGAAAUGCUGAAGAAGUUCGACGUUGUGUCGUCAUUGAUGCACCAAAUAUCAUGCACAUCACGAAAACGGAUCAUGAACCUGACAAAGCAAGCUCUGCUGGUCUACUUGCCCUUAUACGAUACUUUGUCAAAAAUAAUUUUGAUGUCAUUGCUGUAUCACAGCGAAAGUAUACAUUGGAUGCAACUGUUACGCACAAGUUUGCCGUCGAAAAGCUGGAACGUAUGGGACUAAUUCAUUUGGUUGAUGGGCAUGAAUACGAUGACAUUAUCACACUGGAGAUCGCCUUUGCUUCCGAUGGUGUGAUCAUCUCGAACGACCAGUUCAUGGAUCAUAUGCAGUCAUCGGAUCGCUAUCUUCGAUUGUUGGAAAGAUGCAUAUCUGUUGAACCAACUCGCGUUGCACCAGAAGAACGCUAUACUUUGUCAUUGAAUGGUCACUGUCUUGCGGAGCAUACGUUUGGGUUCAGAAGGCGAAAUGUUCCUAAAGCCUUGGUUGACCAAAACCCUGCAAACACUUUACAUGAAGCGUUCUUUUCAACACCGGAUAAUCGAAGACACGAGAUAGUCAUGGAGCAUCGUGAGAAUUGGACGGAAGAUCACCGAGACAAGAUCAUCGCCACUAUUGAUGAACUUCUAGCACAGAUACGAAGUAUUGUGUGAUCAGAACCUCGCUCUUUUUUCACGCUUUUGUGGCUUUAAUCCGCUUCAUUCGGCUAACAAACAAUCUGACACUAAUCCAAUUUUCUUUGUAAAUAUAAGAAUUGUUUAUUGGGCGUCUGUAAAUAAUAGCCGAAGUUUUAUGCUUGAUCUCAAUAUAUCUGCAAAGCUGUUGAAGAAGCCUUACGAGUCACUGUGUAGGUAGCGCGCAUCAGACAGCUCUAGGAUAUCGUUGAAGUUGACGAUCUGUGAGAAGAGGCGGCGGGUUCAGAUAAGAUGAACUUUGAAACACUUAUGUUCUGACUGGUAAUCUUUUUAUGGCAGCGGGUUCAGGAGCUGUUCAUAACGUCCAAGUUCUACGAUCUCUGAUUUUGAUUCUGACUCUGUAUCCCUCUGAUUUACUCAAAACAACGCGCUAAACUUUCGAUCUUUUUGAAAUGCA